AUGCAGGCCAAAUCUGAUGGUUCGAAUGGUGUAGAGCACAAGCCACAGCAACAGCGACCACACCGAGUAGCGCGCGGGAGAGAUGAGGAAGCGGAGGAGCGAGAACGGCGGCUGGCCCUGUCCGGCGAGGCGCCCCCGACCCGCGAACCCUCCUAUCCGCCGCCGUCAGCCGACGGAGGCCCCGCGAGCAACGUGCAGGUCGUGGAGGGCAUCAACUGCCUCUGGGUCGACGAGCGCAACGUGCACGAGUGCCCCAUCUGCAGCAGCGCCUUCUCCUUCUUCCGUAGAAAGCACCACUGCCGGGCGUGUGGCGGAGUGUUCUGCUGGUACUGCACCGAGACGCGGAUAAAACUGAUCGUCGUCGGUUCGCUCACCGAGCAGCUGGUACGCAUCUGUGACAUACAAGCGCAGCAGCUUGCCCAGCUUAUUCACUACUACUCUUUCGUGGGCGUUCAGUUCCACACGGCUCCAGUGCUGGAGUCGUUCAUACCCGAUGACGAGAUGAAGGACUGGCACGUCCUCAUCCACUCCUACGAUCACACAAACCCACAAAACAACAAACGCCUCAGGGAGAAGAUUAAGAACCAAGAGGUGCCCGAUGUCCUUCGGUCUCUGCUAUGGCAAGCCCUCACGGGGUCGGCCCAGGCAAAGAAGGCCUCGCCGUACAGCUAUGCCGCGAUGCUCGAACGUGAAUUGGAUCCACACACCGAAGAGCGGCUGCACCAGGACCUCGCUCGCACCUUCUCCGACGAACGACUCACUCAAAUCAAAUGCAAACGGCGAGCGCGUGACGUGGCGCGCAGUCGCUCACUCAACGUUGAAACCAACUCCAGAAUCGACAGUCGGCUGGUGCAGCAGCGCAUAUUCAACGUGCUCAAGGCCUUCUGCCUCAUGUACACCAACAUCACCUACGAGCAGGGAAUGAGCUUCAUCGCCGGCGUGCUGGUCCUUCUCACCGACGAAGAAGUGAUGCGCAAGUUCUUCGUCGCCGGCAUGUACAAAGCGGGAACGCCCGUGCUCAAGCGGUGCGUCGAGCACUUCAAGAGCAUGGUCUCCCACCUCUUCCCCGACCUCGACGAACACUUUAACCGAGAGGGGAUCACGGUGGAGAUAUUCGCCAACCAAUGGUUUUUGACGCUCUACUCCUACAACUUUCCGCUCAACUUCGUCUUCCGAAUAUGGGACCUCUUCCUGAGCGAGGGCAUCGACUUCAUUCUCACCAUGGCCCUCGCCAUCUUCUGCCACCAGCAAGAUAAGCUGACGAAGCUGAACUACAUGGAAACGAUGACGUUUUUGUCCACCCUGCCAUCGGUCAUGCACAAUUUUCGGAGUUACAUCAACAUCGCCAUCGAGAUGCUGGAGGACAUGGCCUCCGAGUGA